UCCGGCCGAAUCCAGAACACAAACAGAAACCCCUAUAUGUACACUACCGUCCCUCGCCCCCCAGUAUUUCCUCCCCCGCCCCCUCUCUCCCCUCUCUUCCCCGCAGCGGCAGUCGACGGCAAAACCCUAGAUCUCUCUCCCUCUUAAACCCUCAACAAGUGCGGAAGGAUGUCGGAGCCGUCCAAGGUAAUCCACAUCCGCAACGUCGGGCACGAGAUUGCCGAGUCUGAUCUCCUUCAGCUGCUGCAGCCGUUCGGCGUGGUCUCCAAGAUCGUCAUGUUGCGUGCCAAGAACCAAGCUCUUCUCCAGAUGGAAGACAUACAUGCUUCCGUGAGUGCGCUGCAAUAUUACACUUCUGUUCAACCUAGCAUAAGGGGAAGGAAUGUAUACAUGCAGUUCUCAUCUCACCAAGAGCUUACCACAGACCAGAGCUCUCAUGGAAGGAAUUCUGAUCAGGAGUCUGAACCCAACCGAAUCCUCUUAGUUACUAUCCACCACAUGAUCUAUCCUAUAACGGUGGAGGUUCUACAUCAAGUAUUCAAAGCUUAUGGAUUUGUGGAGAAGAUUGUCACAUUUCAAAAGUCAGCUGGUUUUCAAGCUCUUAUUCAGUUCCACUCGCGCCAAGAAGCUGUGGAAGCGUUUGGUUCUUUGCAUGGAAGGAACAUAUAUGAUGGUUGCUGCCAGCUAGACAUUCAAUAUUCAAAUCUCAGUGAACUGCAAGUCCACUACAAUAACGACCGAUCUAGAGAUUUCACAAAUCCAUCAUUGCCUACAGAACAACGUCCUAGGGCCCCUCAGCAAGGUUAUCCUGAUCCAGCUAAUCUCUAUGCCUUCCAACAAGCUGGAGCUUCAUUUGCACAGAUGGGGAGGGCUGCAAUGAUUGCGGCUGCAUUUGGUGGAUCUUUACCUCAUGGAGUGACUGGUGCCAAUGAACGGUGCACACUCAUAGUCAGUAAUCUGAAUACUGAUAAAAUUGAUGAGGAUAAGCUUUUCAAUCUGUUUUCCUUGUAUGGAAACAUAGUAAGAAUUAAGAUACUGCGGAACAAACCAGAUCAUGCCCUUGUUGAGAUGGCUGAUGGGUUGCAGGCUGAGCUAGCUGUGCAUUAUUUGAAGGGGGCUAUACUAUUUGGGAAGAAACUGGAAGUUAACUACUCAAAGUACCCUAACAUCACACCUGCCCCAGACGCCCACGAUUACUUGAACUCAAGCCUGAACCGGUUCAACAGCAACGUGGUCAAGAACUACCGUCAUUGCUGCUCCCCAACGAAGAUGAUCCACAUUUCUGCCCUCCCCCAAGAGAUCUCUGAGGAAGCAAUCCUGAACCAUGUCUCUGAGCACGGCAACGUUCUCAACACAAAGCUAUUCGAGGUGAAUGGCAAGAGACAGGCUCUCGUUUUGUUUGAGACCGAAGAGGAGGCGACUGAGGCCCUUGUGUCGAAGCAUGCCAGCACGCUCGAGGGUAACACGAUCCGGAUCUCUUUCUCCCAGAUGCAGAGUAUAUAAGCCACAUCAAGGGAAAGCUCCUGUCGCCCUCACUCGCCCCCUUCGAGCUCUAUUUAGGAAGCAUUUCAGACUAAGAUGUGAAUCCUGUGCGCUAUUCUCCAAUACUGAUGCUGUCUGAGCUGUACCUCCCCCUGACCUUCGGUUUUUCUUUUCACUCAACACUGGUCUUUCACCAAAAGGUUUCUGUGUUUCUUUUCACAUCCUGUUUGUUAGGUUAUCGAAGGAUAUUUACCCCUUCAUCUUCGUGUCGUGAUAUUCUGAGUUGGAAGGCCUGUUAAUCGUGUGUCGUGAUAUUAUCCUUUUGCCAGUGUAAUCGAAAUAUCCCUUUGCCUUGAGGCGAUGUACUCCGUUCGGCAUGUUUGAUUUUCA